GGAGAAGUGUGUCGCCGCGAGCUUCGGUGCGUGUCUGUGUUGGUGCUGGUGGUGUCGAGGCGUGCGCAUGUGUCGUGAGGCCUCGGCGAAGGAAAUCCUUAUCUUCGUGAACAUUCCCCCGCGAAAAAAGUGGUGAUGCGACCCAAGAACAGUGAAAGUGAGUGCCCGUGUUGUGCCCAGUAACCAGUGACAAGUGAGUGCCCUGACCACCACGCCCCCACGACCCCGAAGUGACCUACUACGACCCCAACGACUUUGAACUCACACCAGGAAGCUAAGGGUGUAUAAGGGCGUGGCGUGGUGUGCCGGCGUGUCUGUGAGGGCGAGCUAGCAUGUGUUGGGGGCGUGGGCGCCUCUAGGCAGCCUGACCAGAGCCAAGUCCCAGGAUGAGGCGGCCACCGACAUCCCGACCUCUCCCGCUCCUCCUCCUCCUCCUCUUCUUCCAUGUCCUUCUCCUCCUUCUGGCCUCGCCGCGGGUCAGCGGGUUCCAGACCCCUGCAGGAGGAGACGCCUCGCUCGUCGUGUUCUCCAGCUUCCCCAGCUUCGCCACGGAGACUAAAGACACUGAAGGUGGGCCCCGGGCGCCUACAGACUCUGUUCCCCACGUCAACACGGAUAAAUCCCAUCAUGGUCUACCCAGCGACCCGCAUCGAGACCUUCCCCCCACGACCGGUCACAGCGGGGCCGAGGGGCGGGCCAUGGCGGGGAACUCCACCGCCGGCAACGACGACGCCCCGAAGACCGGGAUAUUCCUGUUCAGCACACUCAUGAAGACGUCCACAGACGCGGAGGGAUUAACGACACUUGAGGCUGCCGUAGCCCAUAACGAAACUUCGACAGUCCCCGAUGUGACUGAGAUUACAGCUUCCCCCACUGAUGACCCUUUCACCGUCCCUUCAGAGCAGACUUCGUCCCCAUCCUCUAUCACCACAAGACACCCGAGAACAACGGUGUUUGCCCAGGAGAGUGGUGUGGAAGCCCAGCCUGACGAGGCGGGGAAAAAUGAACAAAAGGCCACUGAGGCAAGCGUCGCUCCUGGCUCCCUCGCUUCUAUGCUGCAAAGAAUGAAGUCAAGUCCCAGACCAAGCGCCGCCAAGCCGGCCCGAGAGAGGAAGGAGAAGGAAGACUCACCACAGCAGAUGACCUUGGCGGAGAGGCUGAAGGCCCUGCAGGCGCGGCGCGCCGCCAGACUCGGGGUUGUUCAGACCAGGCCGGGCAGUCUGUUCAGGCGCAACAACAGUCCUCCCCAGGCGAGGGAGAGUCCUGUGCUGCGACGUUUUGGGGAUUUAUCUGUCGGCAAUUCAGAAGAUGAGGCGAGGCAGCAAACCUUAACUGAGGAGCCUACAAUAUCCUUCAUCGAGCCGCCUCCUGAAAGUGAAGGUGAAGCAAGACAAGAUAUAAAUGAACCCGACAUGGUGGGUGAGGAGGCGAGUGUGGUGAGCACAGUCCAGUCAGAGUCACCCGGACCAGAGGCCUCAUCACCCAUUUCAGGGAAACCCGCGCCCAAAAAACGUCAGCGUUUGUCAUACACACAACGUCUUCGAGGACGCAUCCAGACGCUGCGGGAUAGACGCCUAAGCUCCACCACCCCAAGGCCACGCCCCCCUCGCCCCGAGACCAUUGCCAGGCCGCGCCCCGCCCCGCGUCCCAGAACGGAGAGCAACACUGACGGCCUCAGUCUCAGUCAGCGGCGGAGAAAUCAGUUUUAUCAGCGCCUGAGGAACCGCGCCUUUACGACACGAGCUCCAAGCGGUGUAAGUGUAAACACUCCUCAAGAGAAAGACCCAGAGGUCACGUCUGAGGCUCCUGCCAUAAACCAGCCGCCCAAGAGGCUGUCUUUCCUCCCCACCACCAAGAGGCCUCUCUCCUUCAGGGAAAAGAUUCAACAGUUCAGGAACAGAAACAGAUUUAUUCCCGCCAGUUUGCGUAAGCAACAGGAGUCAACCACGUCCUCCACCACCACAACAACCACUUCGACCACGCCGCCCCCGACAACUGUCACCACAACACCUCCCCCAACGACCAUUGGGACGACACCUGCGCUGGCCUUCAACACUUGGCCCGUGACGGAAGCUCCUGAGGACGACAACUUCCUCAUCACAGUUCCGUCAACGACUGAAUCAUCGGAUAAUUCAAGGCGAUUUCAGAUCAGAAAGAUGAUCGACGCCAUGCUGAGCUCGAAGGGUUCCUCCGACCCCCCCACCACCGAGCAGGUCCUCUCCCUCCUGGAGCUGGCAACCUCCCGACCAGUGUUCAUGCAAACAACGGAGUCCCUCCUCCGCACACUGCCGGAGCACCGCGGCACCUCCAGGCCCAGGUUCUCUAUUCCGGGGACGGAAAACAAAGAAAGCCGCUCCGAAAUUUCUCUCGCCGAUCUCCUGACGACUAUCACCGAAUCUGUCAGUCUGCCGACGACAGAGCGCUCACUCCACGGCUCCGCCCGCGAUCGGUCAAAACCCUUCCAACAAUUCCCUUCACUGUCAGACAAACUGGCCGCUUCUCACGCACCGAAGCGUUCAAAAUAUGAACCAUCCUCAACAUCUCCAGCACCCACGACGGAAGAGUCAUCGGUCACAACCCUCGUGGGGGCCUUAGACUUCGCCUCUGGCCUGUCCGAUGAAACAGACACUGACACCACAACGACAACCCUGGCGGUGGAGACCACAACACCUUCGUUCAGCAGCUCUACGGUCACGGAUGCAGAGGAAGAUGAAACUCAUUUCACAACACAAGAGCCUCUGGCAACAACCACAGCCGAGGACCUGAGAGUCAAAAAUCUAAUAGACAAGCUGUUGUCCCAAGGCGUGAUAACCGUGCCUCUCCCGGAUGACUCGGAGCCAGUGACGCCAAGCAUGGAAGAAGUUCUGCUGACAACGACAAGUGACGCUCUUCCUCCAACGUCCGCGCCUUCCCCUAGCCCAGAGCUGCCGCAGCUCACCCGUGGCGCACCGCCGAGCAGGACACCGAUGAGGUCCGGAUCUCCAUUCACUGACAACCCUUUGGUGUCUACUGUAAAAAUGAUGGACACAACUGCCAAAUUCAACAACGAUGACGUGGAGGUCACGGAGGCCCCACAAACUACUACCUCUGACGAUGCCCUCUUACAGACAACCUUCUUCCAGACCUCGCUGCCUAUCACUGACACAGCAGACUCUGUAUUUGAUAUCGCCGGAGACUUGGAAGAAAACGAGAUAGAUGCCGUCAACUCGAAGGACAACUUACACUCGCUAAUGAUGAGCUUCGGCCGCUCAUCAAUACGUCCCGAACUCGCAGCGGUGAACCAGGUGCUCGGCUUCACCCUGACGACGGAUGAUAGAGUCAGCCCUGUUGAAGUGAGCCUCGAGAAGCCCCAAACGCCGAGGGAGGAGGACUUGUAUGACGAUCUGGAGGUAGCGGCGACCGAGCAGGUCAUGAUCACUACCAGCCUCAGAGAUGACGACUUGACCCCUACCCCCCUUAACUUAGAUAUGACGACCUUCUCAGUGUCUGAACCUUCCCCACAGAUUCACAGUACCACCGAGGCCACCAGCCUGGGCGCGGCAGCCGCUGCUGGAGAGCGGCACUCGGGGACAGGCAAAGAGGAAAAGGCAGCGUCAAUAAAAGAGGCAGGUACUUCUGUCGAAGAAAAUCCUGAUGCAGUAAAACCAGUGUUUGCUAUCGCUACUUCUGAACCGCCUGGGAAGCAGAUGCCAACCACCACACCACCCGUGCCAGACGCUGCGGGUCCUCAGGGUAACAAGAAACCCUCUGGAGAAAAUGAAAACGUGACCCUUUCACUCCAAAAUUUCCUGCGUCAAGGUGCCUCUGAGAAGGCUGACGGCUCGCCAAGUGAUUCGGCUGACGCCUUCCAAGGAGUGUCACAAGCUGUAUUGCGAGAAAGACUUCACCUUCUGCGACUCAUGAAGGAGCGACAAGGAGGGAAAGGAGGCCAGGAGACUCCAUUAGAGAGGCCACGGACAACCUCUGAGUCACCAUCGACUACCAGCAGGGUCAGCCUCAGAGAACUCAUCAGAAAGAAAACUUCAGGAGAGGUUACCGGACCGGGAAUGACCAUGAAGACCUCGCUUGGCGAACCCAGCACCACAACACAGACAACGCUCACGACAGGAGCGCCUGAGCCUCGCCCCACCGCGGCCACCAAGCCAGCACAAACGCAGAGUACAUCAAAGACAAAUGACGCCAUGAGGCGUUUUCUUGAGCUCAACAAACAUGUACUGAGUGCCCUCAGAGCCAAGAAAAAGGCUCCGUCAACCACUGAGGCCACACCUCCGGUCACGUCGACACUCCCCACUAUUCGCUCUACGACGAGACAUUCUAUUCCUGACCUGGGAACAGAGUCAUCGGGGUCAAAAGAGGAGGGAGCCCCCCCGGUAAUAACCCAAGUCACCCCUCAGCCCCCCAUAACCACCGCUGCCACACCCCAACACCAGAACCAGCCACAUGAGGGGACAAAAGUGAGGACUUCCUCGCUCCUGAGGCCCGUGUCGCUGCUUCCAGACAUAAACGAAACUCCUAGUCCAGCAACCCACAGCAUAGAGUCGGCAUCCGCUAGCAACGUCCAAAGGCCAGUUUCUCGUGAACAUGAAGAUCAGCUAACGAAAAAGAAUCAAGGACCAUCUACGUCUCGUCCUGAGGUGACUACCAUUCAUUCGCGCGUCUCUCCUCCACCAUUCCGUGUAAGACGCCCUCACCCACCUACCAAGUUCUCCCUUUCACGGCCAGGGCAGGAUUCUCCCGAGCAGCAACAGCCCGCAACUUCUUUCUCGCCAGGUCCAUCAGAAAGUGUAGCAGAGGGCCCACAAGUCGUGUCCACCACAUCACGACCUAGGCUGCACCCCAUCAUCAUCCCCCGCCCCGGUGCUGCCCCCGCCACGGAUAUCGCAAAACCCGAUGAACCCAGUGAUGGCGCAGGUCGGCCCUCCGAGGUUCAGACAGAAAGACCGAGCCCCGUCAGGGUCACCACAUUAGCAUCGCUACUAAACAGGAAGCGCAUUCCAGGCACCAGAUUCCACCAGGCGAAACAAAAAACCACUGUGCUGUCCAAGACGACCUCGGAGAGCGUUCCUGAGACUACAAAACUACCGGAAGACGACACCCUCGCUCCUGUCACUCUUCCCUCACAAGAAGAAACUACGAUAAUCCCUCAAGUGCCUGACGACAAUCUGCAGACCUCCGCUCCGCAAGUGGCACAGACCAAACCGAGCCUGAGCGACAACUCUAUCAAGCCCCCGUCGUUCAAAGGAACCAUCUCGGUGACGGAAGGGAUGACAGCCGAGGACGUGCCACCGCCCUUCACGUUCCAGGACACAAACGGAAAUUUUCGGACGGGACUUCAGGGCAGACCCGCAGGAGCCUUCAAGCCUUCCGUCAGUGUCGGCGUUCCUCUACCGUUCCCAGGCUCUCGUCCGCCACACGUCGCCUUCCCCACCACCACGUCUCCCGCCAUACAGUUUGAACCAACACACAUCCCGACAAGACCUUCCAGCGGGGGGGCGAUACAAGGCCUGGACACCUCCGCCACCACAGAGUCCCCGUCCUCCUUCCCCACCAGCCCUCAAGACCUAACGCACGAGAAAAAUACACUGACACCGACUACUUUAUCCAUUGAUGUAGACACAGGCGCCCCCGGAAAGCCUCUACCCUUCUUUACGGCCACGCCAAAGCCUGGAUUCGCAUCCUUUACGCUCGGACGAAAUGAAGCGUUUUUUUCAGAUGAUGAAGUGAUUGCUACGACUUUCCAUCCCCCGGUGACGGAGAUUCCUGUGAUCACGACGCCCAUCACCACCGUCACGCCUCAGGUAAUCCUGGUGGCCUUGCCUGUGGUCAACGGCUCAAUAGUAACUGGCAGCCUCCUUCCAGAAGAGGACGAUGUAGCCGGACGAGAGAAUGAACAACCCGGCGAGUCGGUGAGUCCGCCUAACCUCAAGCACAUGAUAACCAAAGGCGUCACCAUCACCUCGACGGAAGGCGUCAUCGACAGGGUGCCACCCACUGCGGCUCCAGAGUCACCGUCACCCCCACACUCCCUGCUCGUCCCGCCGCCCACUCACCCCACAUUCCUAAACCCUCAAACGGAGCAAGACUCUCCACAGAACAUUUUACAGAGGGAGGACGAGGAGCUACGUCUACGAUUCGCAUCUGACUCUCUAUCUCAGGCCGUGCCGAGUGAACACAGCCUGGGCGCCACGGAGGAAAAGAAACUCAAAGGCGAAAUAACAGUGAACGAGCAACAAGGACGCGUCGGCGCCACCAAGAGGCCUUCAAGCCUUCAAGCGGGGCAUCUCAACCUCAACGAGCUUCGGCAACACCAACUUGCAGGACAGGUAACCGACAGGGCAUCUCAAGGUCUUCCGACGCCGACUGGAUUUCAAGAACAACAAAUUGGUAGCCAGGUGUUCUUAGGGCAGUCUAACGGUCCCCGGCAGCAGAGUAACAUUGCAGCUACGGGUCAGUCCACUCCUCAGGGCUCACAGCAACCUCCAAGACAGCAUAACAUUAGGGGUCAGCAUAUAUCGGACGACAGACCCGUUAGUGUAGGUCCGCAUAGUAUAGAGACACAACAUACUUUAGGACAGGGAGGAGUUAUAUCGAAUCAGCAAACUGUAGGAGUAUCGCAGGUACAUAACGAAGGGCAGACGACACUAGGUCACCGCCAGUUUGGGAACCAGCACGUAUCUGACCAGGUACCGCCAGGACAACACGGAGGAGUGCAGGCCAUAGCUGAACAGGGACAAACGACACCGCCUCAGCAAAAUAUAGUGAACCAGCAUACAAUUGUACAGGGGCUAACUGAACACGGCCAACUUAUCACAAUGAACCGGCGUACACUCAAUCGAAGAAAAGGAGUCUCGGGCCAUGAUGAAACAGUGAACCAACAAACACUCGUACAUGGACAAAACCCAGGCCAGGAACGUACGAGUCAGCACACCUUCAGCCAAGAACAGGGUGCGCCAAAUCAGCAGGUGUUUGGGGGUAAGCAGCAAGACACUCUGACUCAGCAACACUCUCAGGGGCGUCUUAUUCAGGGUCAGCAGAACCCCCAAGCACAGGGCGUUCAAAACCAAGCUGACCAACAGGAACAGACUAUACAAGGUCAGCACAACUUCCAAGACCAAGGCAUUGAAGGUCAGCAGCACCAAAAAGGUCGGAUUAUCCAAGGUCAGCAUAACCAACAAGGUCAGAUAAUCCAAGGUCAGCAUAACCAACAAGGACAGAUCACCCAUAGUCAGCAUGAACAACAAGGACAGGUUAUCCAAAGUCAGCAUACCCAACAAGGGCAGACUAUCCAAAGUCAGCAUGAACAAGGUCAGAUUAUCCAGAGGCAGCCAAACCAUCACCAAGGAGAGGUUAUCCAAGGUCAGCAUAACCCACAAGGACAACUAAUCGACGCUCAGCAUAACCAACAAGCGCAGGUUAUCCAGGCUCAGCAUAACCCACAAGAACACACUAUCCAGGCUCAGCAUAACCCACAAGAACACACUAUCCAGGCUCAGCAUAACCCACAAGAACACACUAUCCAGGAUCAGCAUAACCCACAAGAACACACUAUCCAGGAUCAGCAUAACCCACAAGAACACACUAUCCAGGAUCAGCAUAACCCACAAGAACACACUAUCCAGGCUCAGCAUAACCCACAAGAACACACUAUCCAGGCUCAGCAUAACCCACAAGAACACACUAUCCAGGAUCAGCAUAACCCACAAGAACACACUAUCCAGGAUCAGCAUAACCCACAAGAACACACUAUCCAGGCUCAGCAUAACCCACAAGGACACACUAUCCAGGCUCAGCAUAACCCACAAGAACACACUAUCCAGGAUCAGCAUAACCCACAAGAACACACUAUCCAGGCUCAGCAUAACCCACAAGGACACACUAUCCAGGCUCAGCAUAACCCACAAGGACACACUAUCCAGGCUCAGCAUAACCCACAAGGACACACUAUCCAGGCUCAGCAUAACCCACAAGGACACACUAUCCAGGCUCAGCAUAACCCACAAGGACACACUAUCCAGGAUCAGCAUAACCCACAAGGACACACUAUCCAGGAUCAGCAUAACCCACAAGAACACACUAUCCAGGCUCAGCAUAACCCACAAGAACACACUAUCCAGGAUCAGCAUAACCCUCAAACACAGAUUACCCAAGCUCAACACGACACACAAGAACUGGGUCUCCACGGUCAGCAUAACCCACAAGCAAAGACGAAUCAGGCUCAGCAUAAUCAACGAGGACAGCUGAUUCAAGGACAGCAUAACCAGCAAGGACAGGCUACCCAAGGACGAGAACAAGGACAAGGACAGCCUUCCCUGGGUCACCAAAAUUUUCAGAGUCCUCAGGGAACACACACAGCCUCUGAGGGACAGCAAAACACUCACGGACAACAAAGCGGCCACGGACAAGAUUCGACUCAGGGACAGAAUUUCCAGGGACAGGAUGUAAUUCAGGGACAGAUUAACCAAGGACAAGGUCGGACCCAAGAACAGGCUAGCCAAGGACAAGUUAUUCAGGGAGCAGACGUGAUUCAAGGACAGAUUAGCCAAGAGCAGGGAGACAUCGUUGAAGGACAAACUACCCCAGGACGAGAAGUGAUUCAAGAACCGAAUAUACAGGGACAAGACGUGACUCAGGGACAAGAAGUAACAGAAGAGCCCAUUCCCACCACUCAGGCCACCUUUCUAGAGGGACAUUCGGCCACUCAAAACAAACACGAACUUCAACAAGACGCAAAACAGCCCGUGAGCAGUCCGCCGCCUCAGCAUAACUCCAGAAGAGGCAAAUUCAUAUCAGGAGAUGCAGUUCAGGGCGCCCAGCUGAUCUCUUCUGAUAGGAAUGCUGGGAAACUAGAAAUUCAGAACGUACACCCUGAAAGACCGAUCAUCAGAGGCCAAAGCGUUGUCCCACCGGUGCCUGCAAGGGGUGGGGUGCACACUACCUCAAGGGGCCAAACCAGAGGACAAAACUCCCGUAACCAGCAGCAGAGGACUCAGGCGGGUGACAAACAAAGACUCGACAGCCCAAAGAGCCCCGCAACCCUUGGCCACUUCACCAACUCGGCCGCGGGGUUCCUGCGCGGGCCCGCCAACUCUGUCAUUAGAGGGGCUGCGAGCCAAAGAGAUGGCCUUCCUGCCCCUGAUGAUGAAGGGGAUUUCCUGACCACAGUCCUCCCGGCGACGUUCAAGACCUCCGGCUCCAGGCUUCCCGUGGGGCAGGACUCUGACGGCGACGAGAUCCCUGGUCAGGCGGGCAUCGACUACCCCAUCCUAAAGACCAUCCCCGCGACGGCCUUCCGCUGCACGCCCGCCAUGGCUAAUAUGAUGUUCGCGGACCCCGAAACAUCAUGCCAGGUGUAUCACGUGUGCAGCGGCAACCAGAAGUUCUCGUUCCUGUGCCCCAAGGGAACGCUCUUCAACCAGGACACGUCGGUGUGCCAGUGGUGGUUCACGGUGGACUGCACGCGUCAGAGCCGCCGCCUGGCCGAGGUGCGGGGCCUCUCGGCGGGCUGAGGCUUCACGUAUUCCCCUGAGAGAGAAGAGUCGAGUGAUGGGUGGUGGGUGGGUGGCUCAACAAGGAAGCAACAUUCACCUCGCCAUACACAGAACAUUAAUACUAUUAGUGUAACGAGGACAUGCAUGACUGUCUCGUGUGAUGGGGUCGUCGGAGCAGGCAGGAGGCGCCGCUCGGCCUCUCCCCCGCUCCUCCCCGCGCAGUGAAUGUCUGCCCAAAGAGUGCAUGUUUGUGCCCAGACUCAUUUUCGUCAGCGUGAAGAAGUUGGUGGCGUGCUAAAUUAUGUUCUCGUGUGUAUUUGUGUUGCAGGCCAGCCAGUGUGUGUGUGUGCGUGUGCGUCUGCGUGUGCGUGUGUGUGUGUGUGUGUGUGUGUGUGUGUGUGUGGAGCCGCCGCAGCGUCCCAGGUCGUGCGCCUCGGCCGAGCUCUCUUCCCUCUGUAUCAUAACACCUUCAACGCACUGUAUCAAUAAAUGUUUUCCAUUGUU